UCUGUGGAUACUGAAGAUCCACAACGACUACAAGGUUCCAAGAUGUGGCAGUCUCGGGAUCCACCUCGCUUCCUAUUCUCGCAGUUGACUCCAGGAAGUUUCCAAUUCCUCGCAAAGUGCGGUAUCUGGUAGACCACGGUGACCACGAAGAAUCACUAGUAAAGACACCGUUUUGCUUCUCGUGGUAGCUGUGAAAGUUAUCUAUAGGUUGUGUAAACGCCACUUCGAUGAGAAUGAUCAGACAAGGGUCAAGCCGCUGCAUGAGGUUCAUGGUGGGAAGGACAUGAACUCUGAGUGCAGAAGAUGUGUUGGAAAAGAUCGCAACUACACAGCAUUUCAUCGAUUGAAGUCUAGAUUCUAGUGGAAGAGGUUGAGGGGUACUCUGGGAGGAAGAGGCGCAGUGAAAUUUGUGGGGAUUUGUGGGGGGCGUGUAACUGGAUUGUGUUCGUUUUUUUUAAUGCGUGAAGGCAUGUGGAUCCCAGCCUGAAGAGCUGAGAAUUGGUGACAACCUUAUAACAGGGCGAAGACACAGAAGGGGAUUCCUCGCUGGGUAACAGUGGUGCGAACCAUAAGGCGAAGUGAGAAAUUGAAGCUGAUGAAUCUAUGUUGAAGUUAGUGAGAGUAGACGUAAAACUGGUUAGAAGUGCGGUUGGGAGAAAGGUUAUAAUAUCCAAGUGGGGGAUAAUAGAGUCUAGAGGGUUUGUUUUUGCAGGUACAGUUGAGAUUCUUGCAAGACGAGCCAGCACAUCCCUGACGAUAUCGCCCUGCUGUCACUCGCACUGCUUUGCGUAACCAGCGCUGCACAAGGUCUGCUCCCACUCCUUGCAGGUUUCAAGGCCUUCCUCUCCAAGUCGGUAAGGUGCGUGCAUGAGCUGGCUCUGGCUUCCAAAGUUACACUAAAGCCUCCACAACACUCUACGGCCACCGCUCAGUAUAGCACUCCGCGUACACCUCUCCUCUGGUGCUUUUGUGUGGAUUUCACUUCUGUCUCCAUUCUUUAGCUUUCGAUGGCUUGUACCUGAUCGACCGGCACGCCUGAAGAGUCGCUUCUCAUGUCACUCCAUUUCUGACACCCGCGCGGUACAUUCCAUGUUGAAUUGCUUGCAAAUAGUCCCUUUCGAGCUCAGACACCUUUUUGUAUUCAUUCGAAAGUAUUAACUUUUGCAGAAUCCUGAAGUUAUACUCUAAUUUGCAAACAAGGUUAAGGAUCGAAAUUUGUUUAAAGAAGAAAAAGAAUAAGGUGGACUGUGGCCUAAAGCUCCUGUCUGAAACCGUGAAUCUAUUGUUUUCGGCUAUGGGGGUUGUUCAAUUAUUAUAUGAGAGAUUAGUGAGCCCCUGCACAUGUCGCGAUUGGUUCUGUAGGUUCCGAGCUCCGUCCUUGCGAGACAUGGUGACUGUGUGAAUCUUGGGUGGCGAGCCUGUCGACUGGUACAUAGCUACUUUUCUUAGGUGCUGUACCAUGUGGAUUGGGCGCGAGUUGCUGGGGAGGUAACUAAUUACCGCUCGGAUGCGCAUUUCAGCUUCUGACAAAAAAACAAUCUGUAUUCUAGACAAACAAACUAUGGGUGUAUUCAUCCUCGAAUCAAAGGAGCGAGCCCGGACUUCAACGAGGUGGAUCAGCUCAGUUCAUGCCAUGAAUGAGAGAUAAAAAGAGGGUUUGGGACAGGGCGAACUGGGGUGUGCGUGAAUGCUCCACAGUUUCAAUUCGAGGGAUUGAUUAAAAUUUGCAGAGUGAAGGAGUGUUGCUUUAACGGAGCUCGACACGAUGAAGUUCAUGAGGUUGGGAUCGAAGCCUGACUGCUUCACUACUCGUGGCAAUCACACGACGGUGAAAUCCGACCUUGUAAGCGAUAUUAUCAUGGAUGUAGAUGGACACAAAUUCCACCUUCACUUGUUUCCGCUUUUGGCGAAGUGUGGAGCUCUGCACAAAAUUAUCAGUGAGGCACUUGAAGCCGGCGAAGACGACGUCGAGAUCAACGACUUUCCUGGAGGAGCUGAGUGCUUCGAAAUUUGUGCAAAAUUCUGCUAUGGCGUUGCUGUGACUAUAAACGCACACAAUGUAAGCGCGGUCCGAUGUGGAGCAGAGUUUCUGAAGAUGACGGAAAGCGUUGAGCAGAGCAACCUCAUUCACAAGCUGGAAGUUUUCUUAAACACAUCUAUCUACCGGGGGUGGAAAGACUCGAUCAUCUGCAUUCAGAAUUGUAAAGACCAUCAGCCUUGGGCUGAAGAUUUGAAAAUAAUCAGUCGAUGCAUAGAAUCAAUCAGCUCAAAGGUGAUGGUCGAUCCUGCUAAAGUGGAUUGGUCAUUCUCGUAUACAAGAGACUCUUCGGCAGUUGACCAUGUGUCAAUUAGCCAACAUAAAAGUCCAGCCAUUUGGAACGGGGCUAGUUCAUCCCCAUGGCAGUCCCCAGUGCCGAAGGAUUGGUGGGUGGAGGACUUAUGCGAUCUGGACAUAGACGUGUUCUGUAGAGUCAUGGUGGCAGUGAAAGCGAAGGGAGUGGCGAGGGAGCUGGUGGGAGAGGCUCUCAGAGUGUAUGCGCUGCGUUGGCUACCAGGGAUAUCUGACGAUCAAGCUCUGUUCGACAACACGCGGAUGAUCAGUACAUACUUCACAGACGAUGUAGAAGAAGCAUCGAAGCAUAAGCAAGUGCUGGAAACCAUUGUCGGCCUGCUUCCAACUGAGAAAGGCUCCUGCUCUUGCAGUUUCCUGCUAAAGUUGCUCAAAGCGAGCACGAUUCUAAACGCUUCGACAGGUUUGAGGAUGGAAUUGGCAAGGCGGAUUGGGUCGCAACUGGAGGAAGCUACGCUGCGUGAUUUGUUGAUACCAUCUCUGUCGUAUGCAAAUGGGUCGAUGUAUGAUAUCGACGUAGUGAUGCGCAUUGUCGAGUACUGCCUCUUGGAAAGCCAAAAUCCUACGUCCUCCCCGGAGAGUGGGAAGGCGUAUGAGAUCCGAAGGACACGGUCUGCGGAGAACUUUGACCUCAUAGAAAGACGGGACUAUACAGCUUCGGCCCACAACUCCAUGUUUAAAGUAGCUAAGCUGAUAGACGGUUAUUUGGCCGAAAUCUCGAGAGACCCAAGCCUGUCUCUUGAGAAAUUCAUGCGAGCUGCAGAGUUUGUUCCUGAUUGUGCACGCCCUUUUCACGAUGGGUUGUAUCGAGCCAUCGACAUGUAUCUGAAGGAACAUCCGGAGCUGACGAAGCGUGAAAAGAAAAGGAUCUGCACACUGAUGGAUUGCAGAAAGUUGUCGAUAGAUGCAUCAAUGCAUGCCAUACAAAAUGAGCGAUUGCCUCUUCGAACUGUUGUACAGGUGUUAAUGCAUGAGCAAGUCCGGACAGCAGCAGCAUCUGGAAGACUACUCGUCGGGGACAUAACAAGCAACAUCCGUGCACUGUUGGCUGAAGAAUCUAGCGACGACCAGAGCCUCUUUGAUAUGCGCACUGAUAUGAUUCCGUCCGCCCCGUCUGCUGGCGGUCAAGGCUGGGGAGCUCUGCACCAUGAAUUCUCCACCUUGAAGUGUGACUUGGCCGUUCUGGAGACUCGGAUCGCCGAGGCAGAGAAGGAUCGCACUUCAUUAACUACCGAUACUUCUUCGAAAUCCCUUAAAUCUGGAAAGAGUAUUCUAUCCAGACCUAAGAGGUUUUUUCAGAAACUCUUCAGCAAAAAGGUGUCAAACUCUGCCUCUUCCAUAGAAUCCGCAAGGCAGAGCCCCAUGCCCACCCUUGGUUCCUGCGCUCUUGUGCCGCAGCGGCGGCGGGGGCGGCGUCAUUCCAUGUCUUGAUCAAUGCAGCUACCACUGCAUGUUGCGCUUCUCAAUCAGGCAAUCUAUAGAGAUUUCACGUCUGCAGAUGCAAAGCUUGCAUCGGCACGACGCAAUGUCGACAGUCGAUCAUGGCUCAAAAAUUGUGAUUUAUCGUUGGGCAGUUGGAGAGGUUCUGUUCGAAGAUUCCCACUUGAGCAGGUGGAGCAGGCCAUUGCCGUAGUCUAAAAUCCGGGAUUGCUAGCAGAUAUCCAGUUCAAGGUCGAAGAUUGACGAUCAAAGAGGUGGGUCUCUCACUUAUCAAGCAAUAACUCACCAAGACUAAUAAAGGAGGCGUUUCCUCAUGCCUUUCUCAAGCAUGCCAUUAUGAAGAACUCAAUCACGGCACUGCAGCAUUGCUCAAGGUUAGAAAGGAUUGAUCGACCUGAGUAGGCUUUGUUAUCAUAUCAGUCUAUCAUGACUGAUUCUGCUGCAGCAGUACCAUUGUACCAUACUAUUCUGAGUAAUCAGUUCACCCACCAAACCAGGAGCACAGCACGGCCUUCACGCAGGCAUCUGCGAGCGCAAUGUACCGAAACGAAAUCUCCACAAAUUUCUCUGCAACCAAGUCCUCUGACGGCAAUACGUGGAUUAUUUUAAUUUU